UUUCAUUAUCUUCCCUGCUAAAUUCAAAGAUUUUAAGUGCGUGGAAAUGAGCAUUGCGAUGCCUCAGAAAAGGCUUGAAGACAAGGUGGCAAUUAUCACGGGUGGUGCUAGUGGGAUUGGAGCGAGCGCCGUGCAUGUUUUCCAUGAAAAUGGUGCCAAAGUUGUCAUUGCUGAUAUCAAAGAUAGCCUAGGCCAAGCCAUAGCUGACAAACUGGGGGAAAAUGUUUACUACAUCCACUGCGAUGUAUCAAAUGAAGAUGAUAUCUGCAAUCUCAUUGACACCACCGUCUCCAAAUACGGAAGGCUUGAUAUUAUGUAUAAUAAUGCAGGCAUCAUGGACCACGCAGUCGGAGGGAUUGUGGAUGCCAAAAAAUCAGACCUGGAACGCUUGUUUGGAGUUAACUUAGUCGGUGCUUUCCUUGGAGCCAAACAUGCAGCUAGGGUGAUGAUACCCCAGCGUAGAGGUUGUAUACUAUUUACUACUAGUGUUUGCACUGCAAUUGCAGGACUUUCAACUCAUUCCUAUGCAGCUUCCAAGUACGCAAUUUUGGGGCUAGCUAAGAACUUGACACCUGAUUUGGGGCAAUACGGUGUAAGAGUAAAUUGCAUCUCGCCUUAUGGCGUAGUAACUAGCGUGCCAGGGAUUACUGAAGAUCAGAGAUCGAAAGUGGAACAAAGACUGAGCGAUGUGGGCAAUCUGAAAGGGGAAAUUCUCAAGCCAGAAUGUGUAGCAAGGGCUGCACUAUAUUUGGGUAGUGACGAAGCAAAUUAUGUGAGUGGACUCAAUCUUCUGGUGGAUGGAGGGUUCAGUGUUGUGAAUCCUACCAUGCUGAAGUUUGCAAACCUUGUUUAAUAACAAAGGUAUCAAGUCAUUCGCAUUUGUAAUUUUUCUUCUUUACUGAUGAUGCGAUGGAAGACUUUUAGGAGCUAUAUAUAUAAAUAAAUGAAGGCAUUCAUUGUGGCGUCAGUUGAGUGAUGUAUUAAUAUAUCAUA